GUGCUAUGCCCCCCAUAGACUUGGAUGAUUACCUAAAUUCAAAUUAGUUGCAUAGUGACUUAAAUGCAUAAUGCAGUAUCAUCUGAAAAGCUCUCCCUUUGCUGGAUUUUUCAUCGCAAUUUUGUGCCUAGUGCUACGAUAGUGCUUUGUGCUUUGUGCUUUGUCAAAACUUCCGUGAUAUAAAAAUAAUUGACAUGUAAACCUGUUUCUCAGCAAGUUCGUUGUCAAGAAAUCAUAAAAUUUAUAGUUAUUUUGCCCAUGUUUAAAAUUUGACUGAACACUGAGUUAAAAAUUGAAUUUACUGUGCCUCGUAUUCACUUCCAAACAGGGAGUCAAACAAAAUAUUUUAAAUUCAAGCAUAAUGGCCUCUACACAUGGCAAAGUAAAGUAAAAUCAAUAUUUCAUCGAAAAGAAUUAUACAAAACCAAAAGCAAUAAUGUUAACUUACUCCGAUAAAGUUAUUCUUGCGCCAAUGGUUCGCAUUGGAACAUUACCAUUUCGACUUUUAUGCCUCGACUACGGAGCAGACAUUGUGUAUUCGGAGGAAAUCAUAGACUUUAAAAUAUUACAUUCAAAGAGAAUAAAGAAUGAGGUCCUUGGAACCAUUGAUUAUGUUGCUCCAGAUGGAACAAUUAUCUUCAGAACAUGCUCUGCUGAAAAGGAUAAAGUGGUUUUCCAGAUGGGCACAUGCGAUGCAAAAAGAGCAUUAAAGGUUGCCAAAAUAAUUGAAGAUGAUGUUGCUGGUAUAGAUGUUAACAUGGGAUGCCCAAAGGAAUUUUCAAUAAAGGGUGGCAUGGGUGCAGCACUGUUGGAACAACCAGAAAAAGUCAGGGAGAUUCUAACAACCCUUGUAAAUGGUAUCAAGAAACCUGUGACUUGUAAAAUACGAAUUUUACCAAAUCUUGAGGAAACUUUGAAUUUAGUAAAGAUUAUAGAAUCCACAGGAGUCAAAGCUCUUGCAGUCCAUGGGCGGAUUCGAACUCAAAGGUCGUCUCAGCCGUGCAACUAUGACGUCAUAAGCGAAAUUUCAAAGUCUAUCUCUAUACCUGUCAUUGCGAAUGGCGGUUCUUUAGACGUUAAGAGCUUUGAUGAAAUUGAACGCUUUAGAAAGAAUACUUGCUGUUCCUCGGUUAUGCUAGCAAGGGCUGCAGAAUGGAACCCAUCUGUUUUUAGAAGACAAGGACUGUUAUCAACGCAGAAUGAGAUCAAGGACUACCUGACCUAUGCAUUAAUGUUUGAUCAUAAUUUCCCUGGUACCAAGUAUUGUAUUUGUCAGCUUAUGCAUAAAAGCCUGGACACUGACGAUGGGCAAAAAUUACUCGCUUCUAAAACAUUCGAUGAAUUAUGUGAAAUUUUUGGGAUGAAAUCUCAACUGAACCAAGUUGUAGAAAAAAGGCGACGAAAACUUGGAGAAAUUGAAGAAGAGAUUGAAAAAAGCAUCGGAUAUGCUGAGAAAAGAAGGAAGACUGAUGGAUUUAUUUGCAAAAAUAUCAAAUUUAACAAGCACGACUUUCCAAAAACUAUCACACCAAAAAUGAUAUUGUUUGAACAUACGAGGAAAUCUAAUUUGCCGCCUCCUAAAUACACAACGGAAACCAAUUCAGAUCGGCUAUUCAAAUCAGUACUGACAGUGGAUGGGAGAAAAUAUGGUACACUGACCUGGGAAAAGAGCAAACAGGCCACCGAACAAGCCGCUGCGAUGGUUUAUUUAAAACAUCAUGGAUUGUCGGACGGUAAAAAAAUUAAAUAAUUUGCGUCUUCUACCUGUUAUCAUUUUAGUUUCAAUCUAUACUCCAUUAUCCU